AUUUCAAGAUGAGUCACACAAUUAGACUUUUUUUCUGUGAAUAUUUUCCCUGAUGAGGUCAGCUGUCUGUAAGGCAGCUGUACCAAAGUAUGGAAAACAUGUUGCCUUCUGUUCUUCUUGGGAUUUCUUAAUACUACCGGGACCAUCCGUUCUCGGGAUGAAGGUGCCGUGGCAUCAACUACGUAAGUAUUAAGUACUGAAAGAGUCUCUGGGCUCACGUAGCCUGGUCUAAAGGCUUAUCAGAGGCUAAGCCAGAGGGGGGAAAACAGUAAAGCUAGUCUCAGUCGCCCAGAGGUACGGGCACAAGGCCAUCUGUCCAUUCUCUGAAUGCAACUGACAACAAAGGAGGGCAACUCUGUACUCAGGGAAUCAUACACACUCUGGAUCCGCAAAUGUUAACUCAUCCUGGAUUGACAGGGUAAGCAGAGCUGACAUCUUCGCGCCGUCUCAACCUCCAUCACUUCUCAGCUGUUUAGCAAGUUCCUCUGCUGCUGGAGUGUCAUGGAAAGAGGGACCACGUUCCAUUUAACAGCUUAUAGACAGUCUGUUUGAAGCAUCUAGACCCAAGAGAAGAAUGAAUAUGAAUGAGAAGGAGGGAGGAGUAUCGGAGGGGGGGCUAAAUGUCACCCUCACCAUCCGCCUGCUAAUGCAUGGAAAGGAAGUUGGAAGUAUCAUUGGAAAGAAAGGAGAGACUGUCAAAAAAAUGAGAGAUGAGAGCGGAGCCCGGAUUAAUAUAUCUGACGGUUCCAGUCCAGAGCGCAUUGUCACCAUCACUGGACCGUCUGAGGUCAUCUUCAAAGCCUUCGCCAUGAUUGCUGAAAAGUUUGAGGAGGAUAUCCUGGCAUCCAUGAUAAACAGCACCGUGACGAGCAGGCCUCCUGUGACACUGCGCCUCGUCUUCCCUGCCAGUCAGUGCGGUUCACUCAUUGGCAAAGGAGGCUCAAAGAUCAAAGAGAUCAGAGAGAGCACAGGUGCCCAGGUCCAGGUCGCAGGAGACCUACUGCCUGACUCGACCGAGAGAGCCGUGACCAUCUCAGGAACCCCCCACGCCAUCACACAGUGUGUGAAACACAUCUGCACCAUCAUGCUGGAGUCGCCACCUAAAGGAGCCACCAUCCCAUACCGACCUAAACCCUCCGUAGGUGGCAGCCACACAGUGUUGUCGCAAACACAUGCUGCGCCGGCAUUUGCUAUUCCAGGACAGUUUGCCAUUCCACCCCAAGACUUGACCAAGCUUCACCAGUUGGCUAUGCAGCAUAUCCCCCUUACCUCCCUUGGGCAGAGCAACCCCACCUUCCCUGGUCUGGAGGCUUCCUUUGCCACCACUUCUCAUGAGCUGAGCAUACCUAACGAUCUCAUAGGCUGCAUCAUUGGCAGACAGGGCAGUAAGAUCAAUGAGAUUCGCCAGAUGUCUGGUGCCCAGAUCAAAAUUGCUGGAGCCACAGACGGUUCGGCAGUGCGCCACGUCACCAUCACAGGCUCCCCAGCCAACAUCAGCGUGGCUCAGUACCUCAUCAGUGCAAGUUUAGAGAUGGCUAAACUGAGCAUCCAGGCUGCAUCGUCCUCCUCUUCCAGCACACCUAUCGACCUCAGCCUGGGCUUCUCCCAGUCCAGCUCCUCCGCCUCCACACCCUCUUCCAUGGCCAUGCUGGCUGCUCCCUCCUCUAUUAAUGUCCACUCCCCCUCGUCCAUCUCCUCCCUCCCCAGUGCCCACUACGCAUUGCCUGUUUCCAGCCUGUUUGGCAUGAAAAGCGUCCCCCUGCUGGCAGUGCACGCGGCCGCCUCCGCAGGCCUCCCGGCCGGCCUCGCGCCCUACACAGCAAAGAUCCCCACCUCAUCCAGCAUCAAAAAAUCUGACCGGCAGAAGUUUGCCCCAUACUGAGCGGCCAUGGUCUAUUAUCUCACCAGUUAUGCUGUAUCUGUUUGUUAUUCGUUCAUUAAUAUUAAGUAGAUUGAGAGUGUCUCUCACUGCCCCCUCUUAUUUUUUACAUUUUCAACUCUCUUUAGUUUGUAAUGUUGAUGUUUGAGCAAAAGGUCUGCAAAGUUACAGUCACUCCAAAAGAAAUUAUUCUCCAUAUCAGUGCACAACUGUUUUUGAGGCUCCCUGAAGCCUCAAUUGUAUAGUUUUGAACGUUCUUCCAGGAACAAACACAUCUCAAUAUUCCUCAUCUAAAUAAUUCCCACCCAAGCCAUAUGCCAGGUUGAGUUAUGUUAGUAGUUUAUUGAGUGUAGUAGUGUAACACCGUGUCCUAACUACACGUGACGCGAUAAAAUUCCAGUGACAUUAAGUGUGACGCCACAUGUCAAUCAAAAAUCACAGCCAUUCAGAACAGCGUGUGGGCGGAGUCUCUCUGUGAAAGCGCACUGUGGCCCGCACU